AUGAGAACUUUUGUGUUCGUAGUUCUUGUUCAAGUUGUCUUUCAAAUCAUAUUCCUACCAUCAAGUCAAUGUGCCAGACCACGUCCCAAUGAUGACAAUUUAAUUGAGCAAACAUGCAAGCAAACACCAAACUACAAUGUUUGCAUCUCUUCCCUUAAAUCAGACCCUAAAAGUGCCACAACAGAUGUUGCAGGGCUAGCUCUCAUAAUGGUUAAUGUACUAAACACCACGACAACUCAAACUCUAAUCCACAUCAAUAGCCUUCUUCUUCAGAGCCCAAGAAACGAGGUUAAGGAAGCAUUACUCUCUUGUGUUGAAGAUUACAAGACUGGUGUUUUAACUGCUGAUAUUCCAGUGUCCAUUGAAGCUUUAACUAAGGGUAAUCCUAAGUUUGCUGAUCAAGGUACACAGGAUGCUGCCAAUGAGAGCAAUUCUUGUGAAGAAGGUUUCUCAGGCAAUUCACCGCUGACCGUCGAGAACACAAAUAUAAACAAUGUCGCAAGAGUGGCUAAUGCCAUUGUCAAGCUAUUGCUUUAA